AUGGCAUUCGGUAGAUUCGGGGAAUCGUCACAAGGCAAUCAAUCUGCAGCCACGCGCGAUCUUGCGAUCAAGGGAUGGACAACUUCGAAACUGGCAUCCACACCAGACCAAGGAGUUGCCUCGCUACUGGUAUUCCUCCGCAAGAAGUCCGGGGAUCGACAAAUCUUGUCAAGCAAGGUCGUCGGCAGAGCGAACAAUGUCCUCAUUAUCACUGUCUAUGAAAACGACAAGGAUCGAUUCUACCAUCUGAACAAUUUCCAGUGGGCUGGCAGUACUCUUACGGUCGAAGACUCCAGAUCUCCCGCCAACAAUACCAAUCGAUUUCAGCAAAAUCAGGCUCAUGAUCGGUCUCAAAAUCAUCUACCCUCAUCUCAGCAAUCUCAACCAGCAAGAUCUGCGUUUGGCCAGAAUGGCACUACACCACAUGGUCGUCACCACCAACCACCCAGCGGACCUCGAGGAGGCGGAAACGCUCACUUCAACCAACCUCGAAACGGCCCCCGCUUCGGUGCCCAAGAUACCAACAAAAAUGACCCUCUCACGAACGAAGUGGAAAAUACCAUGAUCUCUGUCCUACGCAAACGCUACGAUCCUUCCAUGAAACUCCUAAGUCUCAAUGCUCUCGGUGCCGACGACGAACUCCUACAAAUUCCUGGCAUAGUCGGUUCAGACCCUGCCAAAGUCUUCGAGGCUAUCUUUACCCUUUGUAAAACCAAAAUCUUCGAAACCCCCAGCAAACGUGACGAGUCCGUCCACAGCAUUACCCUGAGCAACAACGGUUUUGAAUCCGUCGAACAAAUCAUGUCCCUGUCAAGGACCUUUCCGCGCCUUCGAAAUCUCGAUCUUGGUCACAACAAACUUGCGAGCAUGGACUCGUUGAAGUUUUGGAAGAACCAGUUUCGGGAUCUGGAGCAUUUGAUCUUGCAGGGGAACCCCGUCAACGAUCUCCCGGAUACAUUGCCGACUCUGCGCCAGUGGUAUCCAAAGCUCACAUUGUUCAACAAUCUCCCCGUCGGCGACAAUCAACCCACGGCGCCCAUUGUACAACUGGCACCCUUCCAAGCCAACCCCCAGCCUGUACCGGCACCAGCGGUACCGGCGGUGACCGGCCGCCUGCCCCAUCCGGAAAUUCCGUCAGACUCGCUGUUCGGCCUUCCGCAGGCAGACAAGCCUGCGGAAGUGCUUGAACGCGAGAAGAUGGGCCUGCAGUUUAGUUUCGACACGAAACUGCGGCUGGCUGCCGUGGAAGAGUGCCUGGUAGCCAACAACUGGGACUACGACUCAGCCAUGAAGAACUUCAUGGAGCUGAAGGCCCAAGGCGCCAUCCCGGCGGAGAAGUUUAUACCCGGUGUUUAG